AUGGAGCGCUGCGUUUUCACGCCCAGCGACUGUCACGUAGCUCUGAGCGACGUUCUCGGGUUGCAGAACCAGCCGGUCUGUGAGGAGCAGGCCUGGGCGCUCUGCUACCAGCUCUGCUCACUGCUCGAGCCCAAUUUCACCGGAGACCUGGGGGAGACGUUCUCCUCCUGGAAGUCCUUCAGGCUCCCAGGACCUGAGGGCAUCUUAUUCUCAAACGACGGCAGCAUCUCUCUGAGAAUAGACAGCAGCAAGACUGGUGAGCAGUUUGUCAUGGAGACUGAGGAUCAGACUGUAGAUUACGUGGGCCGUCUGAUGUACUCCUGUCUUGACUGGGGUCUCGGAGCAGAUGUGGAAAGGGAGCUGGAUGAGACGCUGGAACUGCUGGUGUCUCAGAUGACCAAAGUGGACAUCAGGCUUGGAGCAGAACACUGUCUUCAGCCGAUAAGCACCAUCACUGAGGUUCUCCAGGUUUGUGAGGAGCGUCUUUAUAACCCCAGUCAGGCAGCUCAGCAUUACAGAAGCGUUUGUUCCACCCUUUACUCACACACAAUAGAGCUGUGCCACUAUCUGCAGAUCAUCCAGCGAACAAAGGAGAGUCUGCAGAAAAUGAUUGUGGAAUCAGAGACCAGCCUGGUACCGAACGUAACAACUAACUGGGAGUUUGUGUGGAAGGACCUGUUGGAGGAGCUGAGCAGAGGUGUGGUCUUGCGCCCCCCAAAGGCCACACUGAGCACUAGCGCCCGUCUGCCUGCGGACACUUCACCCUUCAGCCAGCUCCUGCAGGACAUCCAGCUCAGACGCUACACGCUCCGCAAGGUGCAGGCGGGGAGGAAUGGUCAGAGCAAGUUGGACCCUCACCAGGCGCUGUUAGAGGUGAUACGGUCAGGGCCGAAACUGCGUCCAGUCUCUGAGCGCAACCUAAAGCCCAGAGUUCAAAACCCCAAACAUGAGACCAGUCUGCAUGAACUGCUGAUGCAGGAGAUCCGCUCAGCUGACCGAAUGAAGCUGCUGUCCUCGUAUAAGAAAAGACGGUCUUAUAAAGGUACUGUGGAGACCGGCUGCUCGCCCUCAAACUGCCUCGUGCCCAUCUACGAGGACUCUUCACAUGAAGACACGUCAUUCUUUCUGAAUUCAGUUCCCAACCCGAGCCAACAGGGGGCACCUUCACAAGCUCUGAAAAACAAAGCGCCUGUUCCCGUGACAAUCGCUGAUGUGAUUAAUAAGCACUAUUCCAGCGAGGGGAGUCUGAAGACCAUGUUGUGUGACACCUACAGGAACUGGCGGGUUUGUUCGUGUUGUACAAAACGAAGUUUGUAUUUCACCUGGCACAACUUCUGUUCUCUUUGCAGUAGGGUCGUAUGUCCAGAGUGUUGUGUAGAGAUGCGUCUGCCAUUCAAAUGGUGCAUCAACCUUCCCCUAAGCUUCUUUAAGAAAAUCAUACUGAAUAAAGAAAGUGAACAAAGCCAAAGAAACUUCUGGAAUGAGCGCUGGUCAUGGGACCCGUCCCGGGUCCCUCUGGUUCUAGAAGCUCGCCUGCCCAGCUCUGUCUCUCUCCACAGCUUGGCUAUGAGAGACUGGCACAGUCAGGAUGUAUGUGUGGGCUGCCAGGGCCUUCUCCUUGAGGCAUGCGACACAGUCCAUUCCCACUGCCCAAUUACAGACCCUCAGGAGAUUUGACCCUCUUAUUACACCCCCCCU